UACUUAGCUGCGUCGUUGCUGCUCAUGGCAGUCAUCCCCUCACAGUGCUCGUCAGUUGCAUGCGGCUUGCAAUACGAUUGUCAACGUCAAGAGUGUGACCGUGUCGAAUACGAGCUGUCCGCGGCAACGCGAACUCUCUCCGCGAAGCUUGCUGCUCCGGUUGAGAAGGACGGCGGGCUUCCGUGUCGCAGCCCCGUUUUUGUCACAUCGGAUACUUUCACAGCCAUAAGGAGAAAUCCGCAAGCCGGCGCUUCCGUUGGCUCGUACCGCGACCACGUGACUGGGAAUUGGAAUCUGAAUCUAACUGAGUCUAAAUCUGAUUCGGUUUAGACAUUCCCAGUAGUCACAGAGCCAUGGAUCUCAAUUCCAGUAAAUUAACGUCGCAUGAGCAUGACCUACACGUGGCGGACGGUCGCACAGGUGUAGCCAUGGAGGAAGACGGUCGCACGGCGCCGUUCGAGGCGUCGCUCGUGCCGUAUGCGACGGACGAGCGUCGCACUCCGCACGGGCGAUGUCGUCGCGCUCCCUUCCACGGGCCCGUUGCACGCGCGCUGGGCCUCAAUGACUGGUUCUCGUCCGAGGUGUGGCGCGCGUCGCUAAUCGAGCUCGUGGGCACGGCGUCUCUCGUGUUCCUCUCCAUCCUAGGCACCACCUCCUGCCUUAACUCCUCCUUCACCUCGCCGCCUCUCGCCAUCGGCCUAAUCAACGGCCUCCUCCUAACUCUCCACAUCCUCGCCAUGGCUCCUGCUUCUGGCGGCCAUGUCAAUCCCUCCAUCACUAUUGCUACCUUCUUCGCCGGUCUCACCUCCCUCCCCCGCGCCGCCUUUUAUAUUGUAGCGCAGUUUGCUGGCAGUGUGCUUGGUGCGGCUUGUGCGCGGGGAGUGCUGCCUCCUGUACUCGCUACAAGGUACCUCCUUACAGGCUGCACAGUCUCGCUCCCCCAAUUACCUCUCCCGCCUUCUCCCCCUCUUCUUCCCUUCGUUAACAGCACAUCCUCUAACACUUCCAUUACAAGCACCCCUCCUCCACCGUUCUCUCCCCCGUCGGGUCUAUCCAUAGCCCAGGGGCUGCUCUCAGAAUCCAUCUUCACCUUCGCCCUUCUCUUCAUUGCCUUUGGAGUGGCUCUGGACCAAACGCAAGGUGCACUCUUCGGCCCCAUCAUCGCACCAAUCAUCAUAGGAGUGAUUCUUUCGCUCCUUAUUUUUAUUUCCGGUGCAAUCGCCCCGCCUGGGUACACUGGGGUUGGCAUGAACCCAGCCAGGUGCUUUGGUCCGGCAGCAGCUAUGGGUUCCGAGGCUGGGGUUCUGUGGGAGAACCUAUGGGUCUUUCUGGUAGGGCCGUUGCUGGGUGCGCUUGCCCUGGGGUUACUGUACAACCUUGUCCCUCCCAACCACGCAUCAGUGUACAGUGAUCCGGAACAGGGCAUGUUUCAUAUGUUCAGAGUGAAAGCAGCAGCAGGAGCAGCAGGCGCAUCAGGGGCAAUAGCAGCAGCAGAUGGGGAGGCAGCAGGAGACGGAGGAAGAGAUGGUGCCAGUAGUCUAUUGUUGCAUGAAAAGGCUCCCAUGUUGCAAGAUAGUCUCCAAGGGACAGGCAAGCCGAAUUUAGGGGCAGGCAGUCUGGAUAUGCGAGACACAGUGCAGAUUGUGCAUGAGUAAACACACAGCUCAGGCGGCUCAUGGGGUGAUGAGUCAGGAGCUGUGUGUGAUUCAAACUAGAGAUCUUAUGUCAACAAACAUAUCGUUCUGUCUAGACAUAUUUAGUUAGUUUACAUAUGUUUGUUAUAGCCUAGCUACAGGUCAGCUCUUCGAGGACAUUUUUUUUGUAUUUGUAUCUCCCUUCCCCCUCUUCCUAGUCACACUUUUUCC